AUUGUGGGGGAUGAUCUACUGGUCACCAAUCCUACACGUGUCCAAAAAGCGAUCGAUGUGGGUGCAUGUAAUGCUCUCCUGCUCAAGGUCAAUCAGAUCGGCUCAUUCACCGAAGCACUGAGUGCGUGUCAAAUGGCUUUUCGAGCCAAUUGGAAAGUGAUGGUAUCGCAUCGAUCUGGAGAGACAGAGGACAGUACGAUAGCCGAUAUUGCUGUUGGACUGAACUGUGGACAGAUCAAAACUGGAGCACCGUGUCGUUCCGAAAGAUUGGCCAAGUACAAUCAACUGUUACGAAUAGAGGAAGAGCUUGGAUGUCACGCGUCCUAUGCAGGCAAUGUGUUCAAAACAGUGCGUCUCUGUUAA